UACAACCAAAUUCAAUUUCUCGGCAUCAAACUGUAGCAUCUGAAAUCCAUGAAUUCAAAAUAGCUCUUAUAUCUGUGUGAGUGUUGUCCAUUCCUGAGCCAACAUUCAGCAUGAAAUAAAGAGCUAGAAAUGCUACUUGGAGAAAAUGAUCACUCUCCAGAAGUUGAACUUUAGGAUGACAGCUUUCCCUUAUUCUUUGCUUCGGUUGUUUGCUGUCAAUGGUGAUUAUGUAGUUUUCAGACACACAAGUCAGUCUGAUUGGAGUAGUAAGAAUGUCAAUCGGUCUGUUGGCUUUUUUGGGGGUAACAUAGAGAUUCAGGGUGGAGUCGACCGCACUGUGUUUGCUCAGACUGCUCCAUUUUCUACCAUUGCUGGGACAAUCCUUGUCCAGGCUCAAGACCUUGGUAAAAUGUCUGAAGAGUUAGAAAAUGAUAUUGAUGAAAAUAAACUUGAUGAUGCAUGGACUGUGUAUGAGAGGCACAUGCAAAUGGAAGGGUUUCCUAGAAAAUCAAUUGUUAAUAAACUUCUAGCAGCCAGUGCUGAAAGCUCAGAUCUUGGACAGCUGGACAGGGCUUAUGGCUUGGUUGAACAAGCAUUUGAGAAGAACAAGCAUGACUUGCUUGAGAAGAAUACUCUUAUAUAUCUCUCUUUAGCUUUUGCCAAAUGUGGAUCACCUAUUCCCGCAUCUACUCUUUUAAGGAAGCUUGUGGAAACAGAGAAGUAUCCACCUGUGAGUGCGUGGUCUGCAAUCCUGGCUUAUAUGUCACAGACCUCUACUGGAUCCUACCUUGCUGUUGAAUUGGUCCUGGAAAUAGGUUACUUAUUCCAGGACGGAAGAGUUGAUCCCCGUAAAAAGAGCAACGAAUUUCUGCUUUUCAUGAAGCCCAAUGCUACUUGUUUCAACAUUGCUUUAGCUGGAUGUCUUCUGUUUGGAACCACUAGAAAAGCAGAGCAGCUCCUCGACAUGAUGCCUCGAAUCAACUUGAAAGCUGAUGCUACUUUACAAAUCAUAAUGGCUCAUAUUUAUGAGAAGAAUGGACGAAAGGAGGAGCUCAAGAAGCUUAAGAGAGACAUGGAAGAGGCCCCUAAUGUGACGGAGAUCCAGUUUCGUCAGUUCUAUAAUUGUUUGCUUUCAUGCUUUCUGAAGUUUGGAGAUCUUGAAUCUACAUCCCACAUGGUUCUAGAAAUGCUUCGCAAGGCAGAGAAAGCUAAAAAUUCUCUUGGUAUAGCUAGUUUGCUUCUUGAGGUUUCUAGAAGUGGCGAUACAUUGUGUUCAAAUGUUCUUCCCGAGGAUGCCCAUCAUCGAAAGCCAGAUGAAUCAGAAAGUUUGGUAUCAUAUGAAGAUCUCUGUAGGGACAGAAAGUUUUCAAAACUGCAAACCAUUGCUAAAAACUUACUUGAUGUCUUGGUAAUUAAGUUGCAGAAGCAAAUUGAAUUUAUUACAACUGAAGAUGGUAUUCUCCAGCCUACUGAGAAAUUAUAUGUUAAAUUGGUAAAGGCUUUCUUAGAAGCUGGGAGAACAAAAGAUCUUGCAGAAUUUCUAAUUAAGGCAGAGAAAGAAGAUUCUCCAGUUUCAGUUGAUGAUUCUGCCUUGGUUCAUGUGAUAAACUCUUGUAUUUCACUUGGAUGGUUAGAUCAGGCACAUGACCUUCUGGAUGAAAUGCGAUUGGCUGGUGUUAGAACUGGUUCUUCUGUUUAUGCAUCUCUUUUGAAAGCAUACUGUAAAGAGAAUCGAGCGGGGGAAGUUGCAUCACUGCUUAGAGAUGCUCGUAAAGCUGGGAUUCAGAUAGAUGCAAGCUGUUAUGAAGUAUUGAUCCAGUCCAGGGUGAUACAGAAGGACUCUCAAGGGGCCCUUGACCUGUUCAAGGAGAUGAAAGAGGCUAAGAUACCAAGAGCUGGCCAUCAAGAAUUUGAGAAAUUGGUGAAAGGGUCUGCAGAAGGAGGUGAAGCUAGUUUAAUGGUGACGCUUUUGCAUGAAAUCAAGGAAGGGCAAAAAGUAGAUUAUGGAGUUCAUGAUUGGAAUAAUGUAAUUCACUUCUUCUGCAAAAAGAGGUUGAUGCAAGAUGCCGAAAAGGCUUUUAAGAAGAUGAGGAGUUUGGGCCAUUCUCCAAAUGCACAAACUUUUCAUUCUCUGGUCACAGGUUAUGCUGCCAUUGGUGGAAAAUAUGUCGAGGUGACGGAACUAUGGGGUGAAAUGAAGUCUCUUGCUUUUUCUAGUGGAAUGAAGUUUGAUCAGGAACUGUUAGAUGCUGUGCUUUAUACAUUUGUUAGAGGUGGUUUUUUUGUUCGAGCAAUUGAAGUCGUAGAGAUGAUGGAGAAAGGUAAUAUGUUUAUUGACAAGUAUAAAUAUCGCACCCUCUUCUUAAAAUACCACAAAACACUCUACAAGGGGAAGCCUCCAAAAUUCCAGUCAGAAUCUCAGAUGAAAAAGAGAGAGGCAGCAUUGAAUUUUAAGAGAUGGGCUGGGUUAUGCUGAAGAUUCAUAGUCUAUAGCCUCAAGUAUAUUACCCUUCAAUACUGGAACUUGUUGCUCUGAUAGUUCCUAAAUGAGUUGACAGUGAAAUGAAUGGAUCUCCAUGUUGAUCCAAAUGUUUUCGACCAUCACUUGAUGCUAGCAGAUCAAGACAUUUCCAUGGAUUUCAUUCUUAUUAAUUUCUGAUCAUUCAGUUCCUUAUCAUCAUAAAUGCCUUGCAAAAUAAGUCAUAUUGAUGAGAUGCAUCAUGCUUUCUCUGUGUGUGCUUUUAAGGAAACAUAUAAUGGCUGAUUUUUUUGAAGGUCAGUCUCCAUUGCUUAUAAUACUGUGCUGUCCUCAACAUAGUAUCCAUUAUGAGUAAAGUUGUGCCUGAAGAUCAUCCAUUUAUUUGUGCUCUGGAAUGAUUUUGAGAGGUUCAGGGUGAAGCAUUUAUUUUGCUUUACAAUAAGAAAUUCAUCCAUUUAAUGUAUGGAGGCAUUAAUCUUCUAUUGAAUGGCUUAACACCUUAGGUGCCUGCAUUAUUCAACAUCCAAAAGAAGGUUUUAGUUUCUGCUAAAGCGGUGUAUAUAAUUGCACCGUGACAGACCUGCUACUCAUCACGAUUCCUUUAAGGGAACCUUCAACAUAUACGCAAAAUUGCUGAAAUGAAGUAUUUCGGGGAGAUAAUUUUGCAAGCACUAAUUUUCUUUUUGAUAAAGGUAAAGUUGUAUUCCUCAGCAAUGAAGGUAUGCUGGCAACCGCCAAAAAGAUUUACAUCACUGACCCAAAUAAA